GAGAGUUCCAUCAGCGCCCCGGUGUUGAAGAUUCAGCAGGCCUGGCGGCAGAGAAGACCGGCGAGAAUGCAACCUGGGGCCGUGUCGGGCGCGCCUUCCGCAAGGCGACGAACCAUGUCAAGAACUUUGCCGACGAUCCGGUUGGUGCGUUGGAGGACGGAUGGAAUGCAGCGAAGAACCCGCAAGACAAGGUGAAUUGGGCCCACAAGCAGCUCAGUGAGCAUACGAUUUCCACCGUGGAGCAAGCAUCGAAGAUCCUGCAGGUGCUCGGUCUUUCAGGCUUCUCUGAGUUCAGCGUGAGCCUUUCAAUGACUCGCAAACCCAGCUUCAAGUCCUUCAACAAGGACGGAGUGAAGAUUGAUUUCGGGCAGUUCAAGUUCAAAAUCUCCUUGGUGGGCGAGUCGGUUUCGAAGUCUUUGAACUUCGGCGAGAAAAGUAUUGGCUUGCCCAGGGAAUUGAAGACCGUCGUGGAGGGGGGCAACAACCCAAUCAAGGGGAUGUUCGUGUUCUUCAAGGAGCUCGUGAAAUGCAAAGAUUCGGGGAAGUUCAGCGAGAUGGCCAAGUGCGUGGGCGACCACAUCCGACGUCUUCAGCCUCCUUUAGGCUUCUUGCCAUCGCCGGUGAGGACCCUUGCGAGGGCUCCCCUUGCAGCCAUCCAGGCACAGAUCACGGCUGGAAAAGAGCUGGUCGACUGCAUCAAUAGGGACAAGGCCGAUGAUCUCAUGAAAUGUCUCGGCACCAAGAUCAUCGCCCAGACUCCCCCGUUGAACUUCUUGAAUCACUUGAGCGACUUCGUGACGGACUUUGUCGAAGUUUUCGCGAAGAUCACGGCAGCUGUGGUGGAGAAGGCCAUGGAGGAUGGCCCCGCGCUGGUGCAGACGGCCGCCACCUCUGCGUUCCCGAAACCCGGUGACAAGCGACAGGUGCACCACCGGAGUACCAACCUUAUCGUGGAGUCCCACUCGCACCAGUCGGGACGUUCCUGGAUGCCCCGAGAAGUGUCAGCCUUGCAGGAGAACUCGGAGGGUGCCCCUAACACCGGCGCCAUCACCUACAAGAUGGGGAAUGGGGACGAUGUGCAUGCCACCGCCUUGAUUACUCAGUUCGACGGAAAAGAAACGGCUACCAGCUCCUGCUUGGCUUUCGCCCCGAAGACCAGAUCCCGGAGCGACAAGAAAGUCACCAAGGGCGACUGGCAGGUGGAGAAUAAGGGCGACUUCCUUCAGCUUGAACCUUGGGCCGUGCCAUGUGACAACCAGUGGAUGAAGGACAACGUCAACAAGUGGCAGGGCUAUUCAUUCUACACCAGCUCGCUGGCGAUUGAGAAAUGCGUGACGGUGACCUUCCAGCUUGGCUUGCAACCUGUGGUGGCCCUCAUCGGCGGCCUUCAAUUCGAGAUCCUCCCGAAGCCCCUCUUCGAGCUUGCAAGUACCGUUUGUUGGCCCAACCAGCAACCCGGUGGAGUGGACCUGAGCGUCUUGCGCACCGAGGUGCGGUCAGCCGGUAUCCUGCUCUUCAGCCGCACAUUGCGCUUGACGAAGCGCUUCGGCGGCGGCACGGAUUUCGUACCUGAGAACGCCUACAUCGGCCACCAGACGUGGCGGCACCCGGCUGGCAUCUCCAAGGGCGAAAGCAGAGCCGCCUUCGAUCCCAUGAGUCGGACCUCUUUCUUACAGAGCAACGAGAGUCUGAAUGAAAGCGCGACCGAGGAGGUGGAAGACGCAACGGAGGACAUGUAUUGGAAGGCAGACUCGGAAGAUCUGUAUCUGGCGUCCAUGGACUACGGGGAGAACAUGUCUGUCAACAAGACAGCAGAGCUCUUUGGUCACGACGCUGCACGGCGCAUGGCACACGAGAGCGGGGACAUCUUCGAGCUCUUCUCCUUCAAGCAUCCUGGUAUGGUCGGAUUCAAAAUCCGCGGUCUCUUGGACGGAAAGUCCAACCAGCUAUCCAUGGGUUUGGAGAUGGCCUUCGGACCCUACAGGAGCCCGGACAGGGUCAUACCGUUGGUUGACAUCGGGAAGCAGUUCUCGAUAGCCUUGGCAGGAAUGCCGUUUGUGUCUAGGGCGAGCAAGAACAAAGCGAUCACUGCUCUGCGCGACUUCACGCUGAAGGACAUGGGAAAGGCACAGGGAAUGGCUUUGAAGCCAGGAACUCAAGUCGCUCUCUACAGUCCGAAGUACGGGCGUUACGUAAAGAUGAACGACAAGGGCUUGACCCGCAGUUGGACGAUGACCGGCUACGGCAUCCCGGACCAUUGGACCAGGGAGCGGUUCACGGUGGUAGACGCGGGGGGCGGCCAGAUCGCGCUGCACUGUGCCAAGUACAACCGCUAUGUGGGCAUCGGGGGCAGGAGCCCGAAGAGGGAUGUGCAUGAUUUCCCCAAGGGCUGGAACUCGGAGAGGUUCAUUGUGGUUGAGGCUGGGAACGGAGAAGUCGGCUUCUACAACAAGGCUCACAACAGGUUCCUCAAGAUGAAGCACAAUGGCAUGACCUUCAGCCCACAUCCUUCCGAGAAGGGCGUCUUGCCCAGCAACUGGAACAAGGAGCGCUUCCGUAUUCUGCCAGCAGAUCGGAUUCUUCAACCCGGUUCCAUCAUCGCCCUGCACAGUGCGAGGUACAACCGCUUCGUGAAGAUGGAUGGGAAGCAUUUGGUCCGCAGUGGGAGAAUGGGUAUCAAUAAGCUCCCGUUUCAUUGGACGAAAGAGCGAUUCACAGUGGUCGAUGCCGGGAGCAGGCGGAUCGCAUUGCACAACACCAGGAACAAUCGUUUCAUCGGCGUGGGAAAAGCCAGCCCGCACAAGGCACCCAACAAGUUUCCGAGUGGAUGGGGUUCCGAGAAGUGGGAGGUGACGCCUGCUGGCGACGGACAGAUCACCUUGUACAACCGAGCCAACGAUCGCAUGCUGCGCAUGACCGGGAGCACGGUGACCAAAAGCUCGCACAAGCAGCCCAAGCACCUCCCUGUGAGUUGGACGCAGGAACGCUUCCACGUCGUGCAUGUGGAGCCCUACCUAAAACCAGGCACGGUGGUAGCCUUGCGCUGCAAGAAACACGGCCGCUUCCUUAAGCUGAAUGCCGACUCAGCGGGCCGCAGCAGCAAGAGGGGCAAGAACGCCCUGCCGGACAGCUGGACAUUGGAGCGAUUCACCGUCGUUGACGCAGGGAAUGGCCAAGUGGCCUUCCACAACAGCAAGCGCUACCGCUUCCUCCAGAUGUCUGGUUCGAAGACGAAAG